CAGGUUCCCGUUCUCCGUCUCAGCUGCGGGGCUGCCCCGGGGGAAGCCCCUUUCCGAGUCCCGGCCCACGAGGGGCGGGCCCGCGGCUCGACCUUCUCUGUGCUACGGGCCGCACCACCUGCCGGUCGAGGUGUGCCAAGAGUCGGGACGGGCCCCGCCGGGCAUGCGCACGAAGGGCCACCAUGACGGGAAUCCGGGGCCGGGCCCUCCUGUUUCUGUUGCUGCCGAAGUCAGCUCCAGGGAGGCCCUAUCUGUCCCCUCCUCAGAAUGUGACGCUACUCUCCUGGAACUUCAGCGUGUACCUGACAUGGCUGCCAGGGCCUGGCCAUCCCCUAAACGUGACCUAUCUUGUCGCCUAUCAAAGCUCUGCAAACCCCAAGCGGUGGCGAAAAGUGGAAAAGUGUGCAGGAACCAAAGAACUGGCAUGUUCUCUGAUGUGCCUGAAGAAACAGGACCUGUACAACAAGUUCAAGGGACGUGUACGGGCCGUUUCUCCCAGCGCCAGGUCGCCCUGGGUGGAGUCCAAGCCCCUGGAGUAUCUUUUUGAAGUGGAGCCGGCCCCUCCCGUACUAGUCAUCACUUGGACAGAGGAGAUCCUGCAUAUCAAUGCCACAUACCAGCUGCCUCCCUGCUUGCCCCCACUGGAUCUGAAGUAUGAGGUGGAUUUCUGGAAGGAGGGGACCGGAAACAAGACCCGAUUUCCAGUCACUCCCCAUGGCCAGCCAGUCCAGAUCUCCCUCCAGCCAGCCACCAGUGGACAGCACUGCCUCAGUGCCAGAACCAUCUACACCUUCAGUGACACUAAGUACAGCGAGUUCUCCAAGCCCACCUGCUUCUCUCUGGAGGCCUCAAGAGUUAACUGGGCGUUCCUGGCACUGCUACCACUUCUGCUGCCACUGCUGUUGGUUAUUGCUGUAAGCCGUGUAAUCUGGAAGAGCUUCACAGAGAACCCCUGGUUUCAGCAGGCAAAGAUGCCGCGGGCCCUGGACUUUUCUGCACACAGACACCCCAUUGCAACUUUUGAGCCCGGUGGCCCAGAGUCCCUGGAUGACUUGGCGUUCUGUCCUCAAAAGGAAGUGACCAGAAGGGUCAGGCUGACCCCAAGAGUCACGGCCCCCGCCAGCAUCCCGGCAGAAUCAGAGGACAGUGCUGAGGAAGAUGACGAGGACACAGAUAACAGCGUCAGCUUCCAGCCCUACAUUGAAGCCCCCCGCUUCCUGGUGCAGGAGCACCAGCCCCUGAGGCACUCUGAAGCAGGCGACCAGUUCAAAGUCUCCCCUGCCCGGGACUCCUCAGAUGGAAGCUGGGCCAGCACUGUGAACUCCUCCCCCUGGGACGAGGCUGGGUCCUCUGGCUAUUUGGCCAAGAAGGGGCCCGGUCAAAGGCUGAGUAGGGAUGGGUGUGAGGAGCCGCUCCCAGUCCCCGAAUUCUCCAAGGACUCGAGUUCCCUGGAAGAGCUCCCGAAAGACGACCUCUCUUCCUGGGCCAAUUGGGGCUCCUCAUCACCAACGUUGAAUCUGGGCCCCAGGGAGCCCCUAGUUUCUCUUCAGACACUGACCUUCUGCUGGGACAGCAGCCCUGAAGAGGGAGAGGAAGAAGAGGAGGAGGCGAAGGAGGAAGAAGAGGGUGAGAGGGACUCAGAAAUUGAGGACAGUGGUACCAGCAUCUGGGGGGCUGACAGCCUCCAGAGGACUGAGGCCAGGGGUAGGACACUGGGGCAUUAUAUGGCCAGGUGAGCUGUCCCCCGGCUUCCUGCCAAAU